CUGCGGGCGCGCGCCGCCUGGCCCGGCGGAAAGUUUUCCUGGAGGAGUUUUGGCGGCGGCAGCGGCGGCGGCGGCGGCGGCAACCGGAGCGGGCCAUGGACGCGCUCAAGUCGGCGGGGCGCGCGCUCAUCCGGAGCCCCAGUCUGGCCAAGCAGAGCUGGGCGGGCGGCCGGCACCGCAAGUUGCCAGAGAACUGGACAGACACUCGGGAGACACUGCUGGAGGGCAUGGUUUUCAGCCUCAAGUACCUUGGCAUGACACUGGUGGAGCGGCCCAAGGGUGAGGAGCUGUCCGCAGCUGCUGUCAAGAGGAUCGUGGCCACAGCCAAGGCAAGCGGGAAGAAGCUGCAGAAGGUAACACUCAAGGUGUCGCCCCGGGGGAUCAUCCUGACCGACAGCCUCACUAGCCAGCUCAUCGAGAACGUGUCCAUUUACAGGAUUUCCUACUGCACUGCAGACAAGAUGCACGACAAGGUGUUCGCAUACAUCGCCCAGAGCCAGCAGAACGAGAGCCUGGAGUGUCACGCCUUCCUCUGCACCAAGCGGAAAGUGGCUCAAGCUGUCACCCUGACUGUAGCCCAAGCCUUCAAAGUUGCCUUUGAGUUUUGGCAGGUGUCCAAGGAAGAGAAAGAGAAGAGGGAGAAAGCCAACCAGGAAGGAGGAGACAUCCCAGGGACCCGAUGUGACGGCACCCCCUCAUUGAAAACCUUGGUUGCCACCGGGAACCUGCUGGAUUUGGAAGAGGUGGCUAAGGCCCCGCUGUCCACAGUCAGCGCUAAUACCAACAAGAUGGACGAGACACCUCGGCCUCAAGUCUUAGGCAACAACAGCGUGGUCUGGGAGCUGGAUGAUGGCCUGGAUGAAGCAUUUUCAAGGCUGGCACAGUCACGGACAAACCCUCAAGUCCUGGACACUGGACUGUCAGCACAGGACAUCCACUAUGCACAGUGCUUAUCGCCCACCGACUGGGACAAGCCUGACAGCAGUGGCAUCGAUCCAGAUGACGACGUCUUCAGCUUCUGAAGGCCCGAGGCUGGCAGUGCACUACUGGCCUAGACAUGUGAUGGACCACAAGCCACCUGCAGCAGGGCUGCCAGCUCCAGGAGCCAUCAGCUGCCUGUGGCCAGUGGCAUCAGAGCCCGCAGAUUCGAGUUGCACAGUCACGCAGGGAGAGUAGGUAGAAAGAUGCCUGAGGUAUCCGGUUGGUGACUCCUGGUUUAUGCUCGGAAACCAGGUUUGAUUCAGGCGCUUAUGGUGUGUGCAGGGCGCGGCCUGGCCUCUCUCCUGGAGCCAGGACAAUGACCAAAGCGUUGCUUGUUCCUUUUCUUUGGGGCAUCCUCACUCCUGAAGCAGUUAAGAGCCUGUUGUUCUUUGUGUACUGGACAUGGCUUUCAGGAAAGGUGGGGUCCUCAAGCCCGGCCUCCUCAGGGCCGAGUAGCUGAGGCUCUCAGAGGCAGCCCCUGACCAAAGACACAUUUAACUCUGCACUUUAACUCUCACGUAAUGGCCAUGGUUCGAGGCCCGUGAUGGUGCUGUGGGAGUAGAGCUGCCUCCUGCCCUCCCUCCACAAGAGGGUCCCAGUUCCUGAUGUGGCCCAUACAGUGCUAGGACCUAGUAUACCAGCUACCCACGACUCCCAGAGUCACCACAACCAUGGGGAUCACCUCUGUGGCUCCUGGGAGCCUCCCAACAGACAAAGCUGGGCCUGCUCUUCUGUUUUGUCUAUCCUUGUAUGUGCUCCAUUUUCUGCCUCCCCAUAAUUCCUGGGAUGAUACCAAAGUCCAGCACUAGGUUGUAGCAGGUUGUUUUGCACCCAUUUUACAGAUAAAGAAACUGAGGCAACACGUGUGUGUUGGGGGGUGGAGUUGAGAAUAGAACCCAGAUCUGAUACCAAAGCUGCCGUCUGCUGCCACCUCGCAGCCCACGCCUCUUUCUCUUUGGCUUUGUUGUCCUCCCAGGAACCAGAACGCCCCAGCUAUUUUCUGACCAAAAUGUGUUUCAUAACAAACCAUCUGGUGCCUUUCCACACGGCGCUGGCGCAGGCCGCCAUGCCCUGCUAGCUGCCACGCUGCUGACUUCUGGACAGAUGUGUUUUGAAGUCUGUUCAUUCCACCGGUGAAACGAAAUCCUGCUCUAGAAACACCUCGCUGUCGUUUCCUGACCUGCAGCCCUAGUUGUCCCUCAACCCUAGCUGUGGUCGUGCGGCCCAGUGGUGAGCUUCCCGUAGUCUCUCUUUUCUUUCUUCACUGGUCCUGUGGGCUCUGGCAUCCUGAACCUCAGCCAAACCACAAACAUCUUUCCUUCACAAGGAGCCCCCAGUGGCUGGGCUUGUGAAAGCAGGUCUCAGUAUCCCCAGGAAAAACACAUUCUUCCUGAAUGCUGAGUCACAAAUGCUUGCCUUGGGGAGGGGACUUGGAGAAUUCUUGCUGGAAUAAAGGUUGCCAGCUCCCUUUCCCCAGCCAGCUCCAGGCCCCUGCUCCCAGCCCAGGUGGCCAGGGUCCAGGCGCGAGGGGACGGCCGUGGUGUUGGGUGGUGCUGUAGUCUUGCUGACAGGUUGACUGCUUCCUGUGGCUGCUGCCGAUGCUGCUGUGUGAAGCUGGAAAGGCAGUUCUGAGUAGGAAACAAUAAAUGCUCCCUUUCUGAGUAUGAGCACCUCCUGGGGUAUUGCUGGUGACAAAGGGCCGGGUGGCAGCCUCUGCCCUCCAUGUUGGGAGCAGUGGUGUGUCAAGAGGCUGGGGCAGGCGGCUGCCCUAGAAUGGAAGGUGAUGGCUGGUCCCCUGUUGGAGGUCCAGGAGGUACCUUCCUUUGCACACUGCCAUUGUGUGAUUAGGUCACUGUUGGGUGAUGCAGGCCACGCCAGUGGGCCUGUGCUAAGCACUCACUGUUUCUAACCGUGUGUUCUGGUCAGCCUCUGAGCCCCUGAGACAUGAGUCUGAGAGUGUGCCCAUGUAUACCCCUGCCCAGGGACGGUGCUCUUCCCGUGACUCCCCAGUGAGUCAGACUUGCAGGUUUUUUCUGCUACUCGUUGUUCUGGACCUGGGCUCACAGCUCUGGAGCAUGGUCCACAUGAAUUCAAGAUAUGUGGCUAAGUGUGAAGGGGACAGAGGCAGAGGGUGGGAAAGUUCCAAAGUCCAGCUACUGCCGUGUGUCAGUUACCUGUUUCUCUGAGCCUCAGUUUUCCUGUCUGUAAACAAGGUACAGCAGUCUCCUGUGCCUAUGUUCCUGGGGUUUUAUGAGACUGCUGACUAUUGUCACAUUAUUGGUACUACAUAUCCAGUGGCUCAAAGGUUUUUCUCAGAGCAAAAGGUCAUUUGGAUCGAAUGUGUACAGUCCUGACAGACUCUCAGACAGUGACUGACUACCACUCAGUGUACUUCCUGUGUGCCAGCUGACUUACAGAAGCCAGCUGAGCCCAGAUACCUACUACUGAGGGCUUCGUGCUUAGAUGGGAGGGCAGUCCUCCCCUGAGUGCCUGGUAAGGCCAUAGCCCCUGCUUACAUCCCUAACCCUCGCCCCGCCGCUGCCGCCGUGUAGGGAUUUCCCAAGAGAUGGCUCUGAUCCAGCCGCUCAUGUCCUGCCCAGACUCAUAGUGACCAUUCCAGCAAAGCCACAUUCUUCAAGUUCCACGGGCUUCUAUCUGGGGACUCCCCAGCCACUUCUCCUUCCUGUGGCUUGUGGGGGUCUUCAUCCCAUUCAAUAGGCUUAUUUCAAGUAUGCAGAGGCAGAGCCUUCUGAUGUCAGCCGACGAGCAGAUUCCCUGCGAGGCCCCGUGAAUCAGAGCGGACUACAGAAUUCUUUCUUUUUUCCCCCAUAAUUUAAAUGGACACCCAACAAGCUCAUCUUUCAGUUUAAAUUUGGCCAAGGCCUUUAGUCUCUGGAUGUUUCAGAUUAUGGAUCCCGCCGCUCAGCUGCCUGCUCGUUCAUGCAUAACGUAUGUAGUGAAAGAACAAAGCCGCCUUUCAGACUUGAUGUGACCUUCAGCUUCUCUGGGUAGAUGUUGGGCUGGCUCUCCAGGAGACGCUGUCACAAUUACACCUUGCAAAGGGCUUCCCAGCUUCUGGGCCUGGGACACAGGCUGGAGCCUGGGUUUUCUUCCCUUUCCCUGGCCUGCUUGGUUAUCAGGAAGGGCUACUGGCCAUGUCAGGACCCUUGUGCCCAACCUUGGCGUGCUCAGUCUGCCAUGGCACACUAGGAGGUGGGGAGUAGUAGGUGGUCUUAGAACUAUAUUCUUUGACAGUUUUAUAGAUGUAAACGAUGUCUUGACCCCCGGCUCAACCCUCCCCCCAGGAAUCCCAACACAUUCCCUUUGCCACCUUUCCUUUUUCCUUUUUUGUAGCUCAGAGUCCAGUUAGUACUGCCUGUUGGGAUGGUGACUGCUCCUGCUGGCUUGAUCUUGUGUAGGUAGCUAGGGCUGUGGUAAGUUCUUGACUGUGCUGUCUAUAUCCCAUCUAAGAGACAGUGCGCCUCCUCUUCCCGGUGUUCCCUGAUCCUUGGGAGAAAGGUUGACAGGGACACCCUAUAUAGGGCGAAGCCACUUGUGUCAGCACUGACCCAUUAGGAGUCUGCAGUAACGGCUGCCCGCUGCAGAGAGAAGCCAAGGGUAAGAACAGCGCUGGUCUAUGGGUCCAGACAUGAGGGUCCUGUAGCAAAACAACAGUGGGAAGUUCCUCAUGAGGCCCGUGACUGUUCUAACCAUGGGGUUUUGACCCCAUCAGGUUUGUGGUACCAGGCCUGAGUUCCUGUAGAGUAGGUCUUGAAUGCAAAAGAGGUUGGUGGUCUCCAUAACCUUUGUGCCAUUAUUGCACGAGUGGGUGUAUCGUGCAUGGUAGGUCAGUAUUGUAGCGUGGAGGAUUGGGUGCUGGCUAAGACGACUGAUGUAUUUUCUCCCUCCACUGGCCUGCGUGGCUUCUGAUAGCACUGAAAGCUAGUCAACACUGAGGAAGCUUUUGAGUCAUUCAGUUGGAUGUCUGUCAUAACACCCAAAGUGUGUCUUCUGCAGUAGAAUCUUACCAUCUAAUUUUGGUGACCUCUGGGACUUCCCUGACCAAUAAGUUGUAGGGAGAUAGAUAUCUUCUGUUGUCUCACUUCUAUGGGAUAUCUGAGAGACAGGAAAGACAAGCAAGCUGACCUGAAGCUUACAUUCAGGAAGAGGUAAGCCUGGCAUUUGAACCCCAGGGGAUCUGAAUCCAAAGCCUGCUUCUGCCACUGCAAACCAGCGGCAGUAGGGAGCUUAGAGCGCCUUGGGAGCUGACUCCACGGUUAGCAUCGGCAGGUGCCCACUGCACAGAUCCAUUGGCUGGACCUAUCCUGUGUCUACCCAGCUGGCUGCCCCCUUUGGGCUGCUGCUCUGGACAUGCCCACCAUGGGACUCUGCAGAGCCAUGUGCCCAUUACAUCGGGCCCUAUCUUUUCCCUGCCAUCUUGAGGAUGUCAAGUAGCGUCUGCCUCUGUGAGGACCAUAGAGGUUACCACAGAUCCCCUGUGUUCAGUGUCCUGGCGUGGCCCUCCCUCUGCAGGUCACUAAGACACCCAGAGAACAUGAUCUUGCUCACUGGGUACUCCUGGGGCCCUCUCAGAGUCACAGCCUUAACCAAAUGCCAGCAUAAUACUGCUGGGCAGCUUGGAGCUUCCAGCCUGGACAGAAGUGGGCUGGGACACAAGGCCUAACAUGCUGUUAGGCAAUGAUUAACACGCUUCUGCCAAUCACCAGCUUGGCCUUGUCUGGAUCACAAGAGGCCUCUGCUCUCGACCCUUAAUAGUCCAAGGGGCGGGGACAUGGUUUCCAGAAGUCACUGGUCAUGCAGGCUUGCCUAUGCCAGUGUGACAUUGGGGGACAGAGUUGGGGGUUGUUGCACGGGAUGCAGAUGGGCUGCCAUGUAAGGAGUGGUCCAGCUGGACCUCAGGAGGGUAGAAAGGUUGAAGAUGCUCUUGAUGGCAUGGUAGCUCUGCUGUUGGGAGCCCUGUCUAAGCCACUCCAUGACUGGGUGCCCAGGCACUACCUGGCUCCUGUGGCUAUGACUGAAUUGUGGCAGAAGUAGAAAGUUUCUGAGAGCCUUCUGAAGAGGUCAGGAGCCCCAGGUCACAGGUAGUGCAGGUGCAGGUCAUCAAGGCCCGGGUUCCACUUCCCAGCAGGCACUAGUUGUGGUGUGCUGGGUCUUCCUUACUCCCAGAGGGCAGCCCUGCAACUCCUGUGCUGCUUUGUUGAAACUCUGAUGUUUAACUCUGCAUCCUGACCAAAGAUGUUGCUUUCCAAAAUGUUCUCAAAUAAAGGUUCUAGAAUCUG